CCGCUGGGGGGCGCCGUUGCUCCGGGAGGAGGAAGUGAACGCUGGGGUAAAAAAGGCACAGAAAGAGAAAGUAACGCUGGUUUGUGAGCGAACGCACUUGUGCGACUCGAGUGGAUUUUUGACCAUGUCAAACUGCUUCCCAUGUUGCUUCCUCUGAGAAGAACUCGUCGGGUUCCCAUUUCGCCGAGCGGACAAGCGGGAGCGCCGCGGGACCUGUCCUUCCGUUCCCCGUGCGCCGCGACCAGGCGUCACAAUGGCGGAGAGCGCCGCCGCGGAGGCCCCCAGCGGAGCGGCCCAGGUCAGCGAGCCCCCGCUGUCCGCCGACCCGAGCGCGGAGAGUCCGGCCUCGCCGCCCCCCGCCACCGCCGCGGAGACGGGCUUGAGCGUGGGGGAGCCGGCGCUCGCCCCCGUGGCCGACACGGCCAUCCUGACGUCCCCGAACGCGCCCCCAGCUGUGAGCGGCGCGGCCCUGGGCAUGGCUGGCGCGGGGCUCCUCUCGCACAUCCAGUCCACGUUCUGGGACCCGAGUCUGAGCGCCGACUGGGACAGCGAGAAGCCGUCGCAACAGUGCAUUCUCCGCAUCAAGAGGGAUAUAAUGUCCAUUUACAAGGAGCCCCCUCCAGGCAUGUUCGUGGUCCCUGAUCCUCACGACAUGACAAAGAUCCAUGCAAUGAUCACGGGCCCCUUCGACACCCCCUACGAAGGGGGCUUCUUCCUGUUCCUGUUCCGCUGCCCGCCUGACUACCCGAUCCAUCCUCCACGGGUUAAACUGAUCACCACGGGCAACAACACUGUGCGCUUCAACCCAAACUUCUAUCGCAACGGCAAAGUGUGCCUCAGCAUCUUGGGGACCUGGACGGGCCCCGCAUGGAGCCCAGCCCAAAGCAUCUCCUCCGUGCUCAUUUCCAUCCAGUCUCUGAUGACAGAGAACCCGUACCACAACGAGCCCGGGUUCGAGCAGGAGAGGCACCCAGGGGACAGCAAGAACUACAACGAGUGUAUCCGCCACGAAACGAUGCGUGUGGCCGUGUGCGACAUGCUGGAUGGGAAGUGCCCGUGUCCGGAAGCGCUCUCGAGUGUGAUGGAGAAGUCUUUCCUGGAAUACUACGACUUUUACGAGGGCGUCUGUAAGGAGCGCCUGCAUCUUCAGGGACAAACCAUGCAGGACCCAUUUGGAGAGAAACGAGGCCACUUUGACUACCAGAGCCUCCUGGUGCGACUGCAGGCCAUCCAGCAGCGGGUGCGAGAGAAGUGCCAGCUGGAGGAGAACGACGCCGACACGGACUCGGACACCAGCUCAUCGGGCACGGACCCCGACAGCCAGGGCAGCGCCAAGCUCUAACUCUUCUAACUCUUCCCCCACUCCCUCCCCCACCCCAUUCGGAGCUCUUUGCGCUGAGUCAAGACACUUUUCUUCACCUUUACGGACGCUCUAACAAAGGCGGAGCCACAGGUUGGGGGUCAUCGGCUUGCGGGGAAUGGGCAGACGUGGACACUCGCCGCUGCAGCCCUGCGUGAGCCUCACUUGUUCGAUUUGUCUCUUUUCGUUCGGUGCCUGCUCUGUCCGCUCGUCUCACUCGCACCUUUUGCGGCACUUUGUCCAGCUGGGGACUACUUGGGUGCUGUGGAGAUGCCAGAUGUUCUGUGGCCUCUUCUCACUCUGCUCUGUGGCCUCCGGUGCUGGAGCUGCUCUUCUCCGUGCACUGCUUUCAGCUCCAUGGUAACGGAGAAGGAGCGCGAGCAGCUCGAAGCGUUCGACUUGGAUUAAAAAGGCCGUUGUCCCCAGUAGCAUGUGGUCUGUCUUCAGCUCCUUGUCCACAGACGUCCCUCUUGCGUCUCCGCACCCUUCUGCCUCUAUUUCUGCGUAGGAACUGACCAUUUGUAACCGGUUUGAGUCAGAGGGUAAAGUGCUGUAAAUUAAAUGGAAUCACAAAUCAAAUAAUGGCAUAGCAAUGUGUGUGUGUGUGUGUGUGUGUGUGUGUAUGGAAAUAUAGUAAAAGAGGUGGUGCCUGAAUGAUUCUUGUUAAAAUUCCUGUUUUAAAAACUGAUUUGAUAAAAAAAAAAAAAAAACUCUU